UUUAUGACGUAGCGAUGCCAUAUUUACAAAAUCUAAAAAUAUAAACAAGAAAAUCUUGGUUACAAUUCCAGAAAAUUAAGAAAAUGAACGAGAACGACGCCAGGACCGUAUGGGUUGGAAACUUAGCUGAUCAAGUAAACGAGGAACUUCUUUACGAAUUAUUUUUGCAAGCCGGGCCCAUAGAACGGGUGAAGAUUCCUACUGAUCGAGGCAGACAAUCAAACUUUGGUUUUGUAACGUUUAAGCAUGAAGCAUCCGUUCCUUACACCCUGGAACUGUUAAAGGGUGUACAAUUGUUUGAAAGGGUGUUAAACAUAAAGCCGAGAAAUGGAGGAGUACAAUAUAAGCAUCAAAGUCCUGUGGUGCAAAGGAGCAUUUCAUUCCCGAAUGACCGGAAUCAACAUGGAAGGUUUGAUGAUUACAACAUGGCUCCAAGACCUCAUCCUAAUGCCCACCUAUCUCACACAAGUUUUGAUGAUCUCAUAGGCCAGGGUCACAUGCUAAAUGUAAACUUUGACUAUACAAAUGGUCCAAAAUACUUUAGGGGUGAGGAAAAUGAUAGAAGAGAUUUUGGCAGACAUGGGGAUGACCAUCAUAAUAGAGAUAGGAGGCAUGGGAGAAACCAAGGCAGACAUCAGCAUAAAAAAAAUGACAGGAGAAAUAAUAACUAUGGAAGGAAUAGAGACAAAAGGAAUCACAGUAAUUAUUAAGUUAGUCCAUUAUUUAAUGGAUUGUAAAAAUUUGUAAAAAAAUUAGCAGUUUAGACAACUGCUUCCAUUAUUGAUUCUGGAUUUUAUAAAAUUUAAACCAAUUACCAUAGCAAAUGGGUAUUGUAUAGAAAAACAAAAUAUAAAGAGCUUUCUUAAUAGUUUUAAUCUUAAUAGUCUUUCUUAAUUUUAUCCGAUGGGGUGAUACUAUAACAUGAUUUUAAAUACAUUUAAAUUUACUAGCAUAGAACAUCUUGAAGUUAGAAUUUUUAAAAUAUACAUAUAUAUUUUGAGAAACAUUCUGUUAAAAUUAUAGUCCAACUGCCCUCAUUUUUUAAAGGACAAACAAAAAUAUCUUAAAGAGAAGAAAAUAUAGACACGAUAAAAGAAAAUUUAAGAAAUUACCAUUGACAAGGCAGGAAUGCAUUUAAUUUUAAGGAUGCCGAAAUUUUAUAGUAACAAACGAAUUCCAAAAAAAGAUUGAUAUCUGAAAUUCAUAUUAAAUAAUAUAACUAACAUUCAAAAUUUAAACUAAGCAUAUUAUAAAAUGCUUAAUUUAAUUGCUACAUUAAAAUAAUAUUCUGUUGAACCUGUAUGCCUGCAGACCUAUAAGUCACUUACUUUAGAAUUAGUAAGUGACUUAUAGGUCUGCAGAUAUCUGCUUUAGAUAUCUAUCAAAUCCUAAAGUUUUAAAUACCAAAAAAACAACAACUGAACCUAUAAAAGUUAUAGAUCAACCAAAUUAGUUUGCUUUCAUUUGCUGCUGCACUUUCAAUUAGUACAUAUACACGCCUUGUUUAAAUUAAUAAUUGUUAUCAAUGUAUUUUUCUGUGAACCUAAAUGUCCUCUAUUAAUGUUACUUCAAUGAAGCACUAUAAUUUUAAAUAGAAGUACAUAAAAAUAAAUUAAACAUACGAAAAUUAUUUAAUCUAAUUUUAUGUUUAGAUAUUUUUGUAUAUAUGGUAAGAAAUAUAUUUUUUUUAAAAUGA